AUGUCCUUUCUCCCGCCGAUUGAGCUCUGCCUGCCAUCUCAGCUUCUAGACUUGGAAUUGUUUCCUCAACCGGCUAACUAUGACUCUAUCCACGAUGCUACAGUUUUCUAUCCGACCUCUGCAGGCGAUGGAUCUCACUCAUCGGAAUCAGGAUCUCGUUACCGAGGAUCUCCCAUUCGUCAAAAAGGCCGUUCCUUCUUUUUAAAGACCAAUCAUGUAUUUCUAUAUGAGAUAAUGGAAGAAAUGGCGAGCUGUAUCAAUGAUUCUCAAUGGAGGAUCGGGGCUUUUUUGACCAAUUCUUGUUCAAGUCCGAAAAAAAUCCGUUCGAGAAAGAAGAAGAUCAAUUUAGGGUUGAACCAAGAACCUGAUUGUGUGGUUAUUCUGGAUGCAGAUAGAAAGUCUUCGGUCAUACUGGAAGCUGAUCGAUCACAAAUACCUAUUGCAUCCUUAGUUGAUUCUACGAUCCCAUUGGGAUCCUUUAAAAGAAUCACUUAUCCCAUUCCAGCGAAUGAUCCUAUACAGUUCGUAUAUCUAUUUCGUCAUUCGAUCACGAAAACAGUGAUUCUUGAACGGGGAAGAAUCGUUGCGAUGAAGGAGAAGAAGGAACUCAUCGAUCGACCUUUUCCAAGAAGAAUUGGUUUUAGUCGAUCGGUCGAGUGGUCACCAGCUAGUGAGACCAGUUUAUGGAUUGAACAAGAAUAGUACGACUUCGGGCUGGGCUGGAUGGAACAAGUGCGAACAAUCUUCGUACACAGCAGCCAACGUAACGUCCCGGGGCGGGGCGCUCUGACGAUGCAGAGAGCAAACAAAGGCGAGUUUUAAAUUUGCAUUUGUAGUCUUGUUGCACGGUAGAAGAAAUUCCAUCGUCGCCUUAUCUGAAGACGUAAGGCGAGGCCCUGUUUUUGCAAUGGAAGAGGAGAAAGGGGAGUGUAGCGGGCGGGGAGAGGCGGGACAAGGAGAAUCGAUCGUUAAUGGUGGUGAAGCAGAAGGAGGGCCUUCCUGGAGGUCACAUUCCGGGUAAGCAGGGUCGCAGGGACAGACAUAAAGCAGCAUGUGAAGCUAAAUUCCAUAGGGGGGAAGUGGGGGAGGGGACGGACCCGCUCGGAAGGACGGACCGGUAACCUGCAUCCGAUGAUAAGCCGGGAGGCAAGGGACGUGUUACGUAGUCCACGUCCGCUCCUCGGAAUAAGGGAUUCCCGGAGAUAUAGAUAAGGAUGAAAGACUGACUUCUAUCAAUGUCCGUCCCGUCGAUUCCCAUGAUCCCUGAUUCGGGUGGAGAAAUCCACGUGCCGCAGGUAGUGCUUCGGAAGGGAAAGAAAAAAAGACAAUUACGCAUGCUAUCGACUGAAUCGAAGGUGCUUGUUCUCGGGGAGAGAGAGGGAGAGGGGGGAGCUAAUAACCCCAUUCAAUGCUUAGCAAUACAUGACAUUUCCACGCACGGGGGACAUUGCCACGAGCGGAACAUUGAAUCUCGUAUCUGGUACUCCUACGCUCCAUUUCAUGGCGGGGAAGGCCGCCAUCGCAUUCAGCAAUCUUUCUUUGUACCAUACCCCACGGACAACUCACUUGUAUCUCCUCCCCAGCCAGUUAUGGAGGGGUUAGUAGGAAUGGAAGGGUAGAACACCCCAUUCGAAACGGACGGACGGAAUUUUCUACCCUUUCAUCCGUCUGCCCUUUCUGAAUCAACUACCUCGAUCGGGAGGGACAAAAACCCUUCCUGACACUGCAUCUUACCUCUCGUUCGCUAUUGACCGACUGGCGGCAUCCCACCGAUGAUGGGCAUUAUCUGAUUCAAUCGGAAGCAGUUAUUCUACAAUGCUGAGAUCCCUGCUCCAUAGGUGCGAGGUGGCGAUAGAAGGCAGAGAUGGAGAAUCGGGCGAGUGCUUUUCAUCUCUCGGGGAGGGCUGGCCGAAUAUUGAUUCUGAAAUGAAAUUGAUAAACAGCGAGAGGUGGGGAUAGAACUAUGGAGAGGGGAGCUUUUUCUCGACGAUAGUGCACUAGGGAAACCAUGGAGCGUCAAUAGCGAAUAGGUAGGUCCAAUGAGUAGGUCGUUAUGCAUCAGGUUAGUAGGUCGACUUGACCACCGAUCGUGGAUGAUGACUAGAAGGACCGGAUUGACCUUUUUCAGAUCCUUUCCUUUUGUUGUUGUUCCAGUGGUAUAGAGUUCGGGAAGAAUAGAAGGUCAAGGACGGGAAGGAUAGGCCGUGGAGGUGA